AUGUGGCCUGUCAAUAUUGGUGGCCAUAGUCCUAAUCCUAAGAAAUGCAAAGGACCUCCCUUUGAUGCUAACAAGCUGAUUAACUCUCCCAUUAUUAGUGAGCUAAACAAGUUGUGGCCAAAUUUCGAUGCCAAACAGUCUAAUACUGACUUAUGGGAACAUGAGUGGGUUAAACAUGGCAUUUGCACUGGUUGGGACCUAUUCCAGUUCUACAAGAAAUCAAUAGACAGGGUUGAGCAAGUAAAUAUUCUCAGAGUAUUGGAAACAGCAGGCAUUACUCCAAACAAUGCUAAAUACAAUAUCGAUGAUAUUAAAAGAGCUUUCAACCACCUGACAAGACCCAUCAUACAUUGCAAUAAAGAAAAGUCCAUUCCGAAGAAGAUGUUAUUUCAAGUAUAUUUCUGUCUUGAUAGGAAUGGAGAACAAUUUCAAGACUGCUCAUUGAUGCCAGAGAAUGAAUUAGUAUUUGGAUGCAAGACAGGAGAUGAAGUUGUAUUUCCUUCAGCAUGA